GUAAUGUUGAAAUCAGGCACCAACAUACUUUACUGGAGAACCACUGGCAUCCUUAUGGGUUCUAAGGCAGUCAAGCCGGUUUUGGUAAAAAAUAUCACAAUUGAAGGGGUGGCAUACACGUCAGAAUGCUUCCCGUGCAAGCCGGGCACAUUUAGCAACAAACCAGGUUCGUUCAACUGCCAAGUCUGUCCCAGAAACACCUACUCUGAGAAAGGAGCCAAAGAAUGCAUAAAGUGUGAUGAGCACUCCCAGUUUUCGGAGGAAGGAUCCAGCCAGUGUGUGGAGCGACCUCCCUGCACCACAAAAGACUAUUUCCAGAUCCAUACUCCGUGUGAUGAGGCAGGAAAGACGCAAAUUAUGUACAAGUGGAUAGAGCCCAAAAUCUGCCGGGAGGAUCUCACAGAUGCUAUUAGGUUGCCCCCUUCUGGAGAGAAGAAGGACUGUCCCCCUUGCAACCCUGGAUUUUAUAACAAUGGAUCAUCAUCUUGCCAUCCCUGCCCUCCUGGAACAUUUUCGGAUGGAACAAAGGAAUGUAGGCCGUGUCCAGCAGGAAUGGAGCCUGCGCUUGGGUUUGAAUAUAAAUGGUGGAAUGUCCUUCCUGGCAACAUGAAAACUUCCUGCUUUAAUGUUGGGAAUUCAAAGUGCGAUGGAAUGAAUGGUUGGGAGGUGGCUGGAGAUCAUAUCCAGAGUGGAGCUGGAGGUUCAGAUAAUGAUUACCUGAUCUUAAACUUGCAUAUCCCAGGAUUUAAGCCACCAACGUCUAUGACUGGAGCCAUGGGUUCUGAACUGGGAAGAAUAACAUUUGUCUUUGAGACCCUCUGUUCGGCUGACUGUGUUCUAUACUUCAUGGUGGAUAUUAAUAGAAAAAGUACCAAUGUGGUGGAAUCAUGGGGUGGAACCAAAGAAAAGCAAGCUUAUACCCACAUCAUAUUCAAGAAUGCAACAUUUACAUUUACAUGGGCAUUCCAGAGAACGAAUCAAGGUCAAGAUAAUAGACGGUUCAUCAAUGACAUGGUGAAGAUUUAUUCUAUCACUGCCACUAACGCAGUUGAUGGGGUGGCGUCCUCAUGCCGUGCCUGUGCCCUCGGUUCUGAACAGUCGGGCUCAUCGUGUGUCCCCUGCCCCCCAGGCCACUACAUUGAGAAAGAAACCAACCAGUGCAAGGAGUGUCCACCUGACACCUACCUGUCCAUACAUCAGGUCUAUGGCAAGGAGGCUUGUAUCCCAUGUGGGCCUGGGAGUAGAAGCACUCAGGACCACUCAGUUUGCUAUAGUGACUGCUUUUUCCACCACGAUAAAGAAAAUCAGAGUUUGCACUAUGACUUCAGCAACCUCAGCAGCGUGGGCUCAUUGAUGAAUGGACCCAGCUUUACCUCCAAAGGAACCAAAUAUUUCCACUUCUUCAAUAUUAGUUUAUGUGGGCAUGAGGGGAAGAAGAUGGCUCUCUGUACCAACAAUAUAACAGACUUCACAGUAAAGGAAAUAGUGGCGGGGUCCGAUGAUUAUACGAAUUUGGUAGGAGCCUAUGUAUGCCAGUCAACUAUUAUUCCUUCUGAAAGUAAGGGUUUCCGAGCAGCCUUAUCAUCACAGUCCAUCAUUCUGGCAGAUACAUUUCUAGGAGUGACCGUUGAAACGACAUUGCAAAAUAUUAAUAUAAAAGAAGAAAUGUUCCCAGUUCCCUCUAGCCAAAUACCAGAUGUGCAUUUCUUUUAUAAGUCUUCUACGACUACGACAUCUUGUGUCAAUGGCCGGUCAACUGCUGUGAAAAUGAGGUGCAAUCCUACUAAACCAGGAGCAGGAGUGAUUUCAGUCCCCAGCAAGUGCCCAGCAGGCACCUGUGAUGGAUGCUCAUUCUAUUUUCUGUGGGAGAGUGCUGAAGCUUGCCCUCUGUGCACAGAGCAUGACUUCCAUGAGAUUGAGGGAGCCUGUAAGAGAGGAGUUCAGGAAACCUUGUAUGUAUGGAAUGAACCUAAAUGGUGCAUUAAAGGAGUUUCUUUGCCUGAGAAAAAGUUGUCAACCUGCGAAACAGUUGACUUCUGGCUGAAAGUGGGAGCAGGUGUGGGAGCAUUCACCGCGGUUUUGCUGGUGGCUCUAACUUGCUACUUCUGGAAAAAGAAUCAGAAACUGGAGUACAAAUAUUCCAAAUUGGUGAUGACAACUAACUCAAAAGAAUGUGAACUCCCAGCGGCAGACAGUUGUGCUAUCAUGGAAGGAGAAGACAAUGAGGAAGAAGUUGUCUAUUCCAAUAAACAGUCACUACUGGGAAAACUUAAAUCCUUGGCAACAAAGGAAAAAGAAGACCAUUUCGAAUCUGUUCAACUGAAAUCCUCAAGAUCCCCGAAUAUAUGAAAAGACAGUGCUGUAGCCUUCAGACUAAUGAACACAGAAACCUGAUCUCUAGUUCUACAGGACUGUAGCUUAGAUCCUGUCUUCAUAUCCAGCACGUUGGUGAUCUCACAGAGGGCCAUGCCGCUGAAAAGGGAAGGAGGUUGAAACGUUUGAUUGCCUUAUCACAUGUUCAAGUAUUUUGCCAAAAAUACAAAAGCAAAUGGCUUGGGUCUCAACGGAAGAUGAAACUCAACUCAGGAAGAGAUUAAUCUGUAAAUAGACAUAACUGAAAACCGAGGUUAAGCCCACCAGCGCACUGCUGAUGCAUGCCAUAUAAUUAAUGGGUAACUUUUAUUCUUUAUAACUUCUACAUAAAAAGUGUGCUUUGGAGGGCAGAUAUGAGCAUAUGCAUUGUGAUUCUAUUUAUGUCUUUUCUUUGUUUAUAGUUUGGGGGAAGAUUUGAAAAAUUUUAAGGUAUAGUUUUUUUCCCAUUAUUUAUUUUCCUGACCUUAAAACAUCUUUUCUAUUAAAAAAUGGUGAACAAAGAAAGACAAUAAAUUUUUCAUUUUUCCAUAGGGUCUUUCUUGAUUUCAGAAGCCUAAGUAAGCAGUAACCUUUCAGGAAGAAUAAACAUGUAAACAUGUGUUUGGGUUAUCUAAACUUAUAUUUGCCUUUGGAAUUUCAUCCUUGUUGGAACUGGUAAGAAGGGCUUGACUGAAAGACUUGAAGGAAUAUUAAAAAAAAAAAAGGCAAAGAGAAGCCAGACUUUCCAUUAAAACAAAUAAGCUGAUGGUAUUAUGGAAAUCAAAUGGUUUAAGACCAUUUAUAUAAUGCUGGAAGUAUAAUUUCAAAUGAGUGAGAAGUCUUGUUUAUCAGAUGACAUGCAAAACCAUGAAGAAGAAAGUGGGAUGGCUUGUGUAUAAAGACACAUAACUGUGCAAAGGUAUUAGGAUAAUUUCAUGGUUCACAGAAAAUGGCAGUGGGACACUGGCCCUAUAUCAAGCAUCAAAGUUACAUGGUUAUUUUUCUGCUAAGACAUUGAGGAUCAUGACUUCCAUAGAAGUUUUUCUUUUUGAGUAAAUAAGGAAGGAACUCAAUUUUGGGAAACUGCAUUUAAUUGUAUUUAUAAUAAGAAUGUGGUUGUACCAUAAGUAAUUAGGAAAUACGUGUUGUUCUUACUCAAAAUUGAUCCAGGUAAUUGUGAUACUUCCUCUGAUGGAUGGGUUACAAGAAUUAGCACGACUUGAAUAUUAUCUGUUGAAAGAAGUUUGAAUGAAGUUGGCUCUGACUAAUUGUGUGUAAACCUUUAUUGUUUUAGAACUGGGAAAGAGGGGAGUUUACUGACCACUGAUGAUCUAAGGUGCUCUGGUUUGUUUUCAAUAAACAGUAAUCUUUGUAGAUCUUAA